CCACAGAACUCUGUUUUAUUGCGCAGCCUUCGCGCAGGUUUUACCAACUUUCAGUAUCCCAGUUAUCUUCCAGACUUCCAUCAGCUCGAACGCUGCUCGCAAUUGCCGUCUGGUAUUGUUGUGGCAGUGAUAAAUGAUUUAAGAGUUCACACGAUGGGUGUAUUGUGGAUAUGGGCCGUAGCGGCCUGUUUCCUAGCCACUUCUGCGGCUGAUAGAGGAGGCUCCCUCCGUGGCGCUCUAGAAGCCCUCCAGCGCCGUCAGCGCGGCAGAAUUCACAACCAAGGUCCAGUCAUACCACAAGACUAUGACGCAUUAUACGAAUUUGUACCACCACAGGCGUAUGCAGAGCCCGAUUAUGCCGUGGAUGUUGAAGAUAUGGAUGAUGAGCCCUCACCACAAUAUGUUGUUAAAUUGCUUGAGAACAAUGAAGUACCUCCUGAUGCUUAUGAAUAUAAAAUUAUUAAGAAAAAAAAUUCCAUGCCUCGAUCCACUAAUAAAAAAGAGUCGGCAUUCCGUGAGAGAAGUCAACAUGCGGAUAAUGACAGACUUCGAGAUCUUUUUAUGGAAAGAAAUGAACCUCAGGAAAAAGAAGAGAUGAUAGUAGACCGCCCUGAAAAUGAUGCAGAAUAUGCUGUACUUUUAGGCCAAUUGUGGACUAAGUAUAAAAAUAAUAAAGCGAAUUCCAACCAUGUUGAUAAUGCACCGCAAGGUGUAGUGAAACUCUAUAAGGAAAAAAUAGUUAAAAAACGAUAUCCUAAUAAUUGGGGCCCUAUUGCUUUUAAAAGGAAACGCAGCUCUGAUUUUGAGACGGAACUACCGGUUGCGAGUGAAUUAGAUGAAGGCAAGAGUCUGGAUGGUAAUCAAGAUACCGAUAACGCUAAUUACAAUGCAUAUGACGUAUCAGACGACGAUAAGGAUGAUAUUCGUGAGGAAUAUGCUAUUGCUUUCCAACCACUAGACGAUGAUAGCUUAUCAGAUUUUGCAGAUGAAGACCAAUUUGCUUAUGAAAACAUUGAAAAACGUUUCCCAGUUUCAAAACGCAGCAGCAGCGGCGCCGCAAGCACUAAUAUGCAAAAGAAAAGAUUUGCCUUAAAUAAUAAUAACAAUGCCAAAGCAUUCAGAAGUGGGGCAGGUACAGAUCCAAAAAUACUACAAGAUUUGUCAAAAAUAUUUGGUAAUUCAGAUUAUGAAGUUAUUAAGAAUCCCGUUAAACGAAGCAGUGAUCAUGAAGAAGCUUCUCAUGAAAUCAAACCUCCUCGUGUUGCUCACAAUAAUAAUACCCAAGAACAUUCUAAUGCAUCAUUACUAGAAGAUGUAAGUCAUGAGCAUCACGGCCAUCCUCCAGGUGUAUCAGGGAAAGAAAUUGAACAUGAUAUAUCACAGCACGAUCAUAGCCACGAUAAUAGCCACGAUCAUGGCCACGACCAUAGCCACGAUCAUAGCCACGUUCAUAGCCACGAUCAUGAGGCAGAAAAGACUAAAGUUGUUAGAAAAAAAUCCAUAGAUUGGUCCGACUAUUUUGGAAUUGACAAGAGAUUUAAAAAGUCUGUACCCCCUGGCAAUAAUCUAAAUGAAGACAGGCUUAAGAAGCUAUAUUUUGAUACUUUUAACAAAGAAGUUGUGUAUCCUCUCAACAAUAUGAGAAAGAGCAGUUACAUGAAAAGAAGUUAUGAUCAACCGAAACUAAACAAUAAGGCAAAUAUUGCUCUUAAGUUACGCGGCGAAAAAAGAACUGCCGGUAUAGAUACGGAGACAAAGCUUGAUAAUUUCGACAAAAAAUUAAAGAACAUGGAAGGACUAAUAGUAGAUGAAGCUUUACAUUACUCCAAUAGGGGAGAAGAGUUGGACUCUAAAGAAGAACAAGAAAUGAAAGAAAAAUUACUCUCUCGACUAGCAGCAGCUUAUAGCUUAGAAAAAAUGAGAAAAGCGUUAAAGGAAUUUAAACAAAGUCUACAAGUACAGAGAACAACUCCAUCUUCGCAAUCAACGCCUGAGGCUGACGCUAAAGAUAAACGAGUUGCUGUUAAAAAAGAAAAAAUAAAUAUGAGUAACGAAAUACCUACUGAACAUCAACGCGACAACAGUGAAGAUUUUGAGGAUGAACAAGGUGCAGGUCAUUACAUAAAUGGGAAACUAGAGGAACAAUUGUCUGAGGGAUAUAUGGGAGGAAGUGGACGACAUCGCUCGCCCGUCAUAUCAACGGUAAGCUCUGCUGGUGCGUGCCCAGUUUUGGCUAAAAUUGUGCAGCGAUGUCGUGGAGUCGAUUUGCUAGCUGGAGAUCGCGGCCAAUUGUUCCUCCCAUUAUGCAGCUUACAUCAAAUUUGCUACCUCUGUGGCGAAGCACCUCCAACGACGUGUGAUCUUGUUUUUCUGUCGGAAGCUGAUUCAACGUGUGAGGGCGACAUGAGUUGCCAGCGCGCUGCUCGUUCCGCCCUUAUGGCACUUAGAGAAUUGCACGACAAUCUAGCUGACGAACUGGAUGGUGAAUGCGAAGCUAGUCCUUGCCUUCCCGCAACCCUGAAACUGAACUUAGGAUGGCAAAGAGCUCUUCAACGAUAAACGAUUCAAUAGAGGAUUUCGUCUCAUAUGAUCGAGUUCGGUGGCAACACCUACAUCGUAGGGAAACACAUAAAUGAGUUCUGCAGCUCGAACAUAAAUUAAAUGUUCGUGUUCAAUGAAUGUAUUUUAUCAUAAAAGAUUUGUUACUAUUUUGUAAUACUUAUUUUCUAAAUUUUAAUAUCGUAUAGUUCUACAGUCAUUGCAUUUGAUCGAAGUGAGUAUAUUUUUCUACCAUUUUUUUUCGUACGUAUCUAGCCAGCCAUAGACGCGUACGAUCUCAGAUAUGGUACAUUUUUCCUGUUACAUUACAUACUGAGCAUAAAAUUAUUUAUUUACGCUGAAUAAUUUUAUAACUAUGCUUUUAUAUGUUGUAUAUUGUUAUCCUUAAAAGAUGAUAAUAUUCAUUAAUUACUAUUAUAUUUCCUAUUAAAUAACCUCAUGUUGUGGAUAGAGUUGGAUAAUAUUGGAACGGAGAAUAUUGUUGGAUUUAUAUAUUCUAGGUAUUGUAUGGAAUGACUUUAUCGUUGUUAAAUGUUUACUUGCAUAUUAUUAUAUACUAUAUUUUGAUGUUUGUGUUUGAGUGUGUCGACGUUAUUGAGUAUUCUUAAUUGAUUGUAAUGAUAAAUGUACUUAUGUGUAUUUUAAAGCAUUAAUAACUUUACAUAAAGGUAAACACAUUGGAAUUUUAAAAUAUAUUACAUAAAAACAUUAUAAAUGUGUAGAAUAACUCAAAAAUAUAUAAUAUCUAUAUUAUUAUAAUAUAUAAAUGUUCACACAAGUAUUAUAUUUGUUGUUUUGAAGCAUGACAUUUUGUUGUCCAUAUACCGAUGUUGAAAAGUAUUGAUUAACAAAAUUAUCUAACAAUUUGCUUUGAAAAUAAUAUGUAUCUAAUAAAUGAAUAAAAAGUGAAAGCGACUAUAAAAUGUAAAAUUGUGAAUUUUAAUAUCAGAGAGCACAAUUUAGCACUAGUGCACCACUCUAGACUUUACUAGGACAAUAAAUCUUUAUUUGCUUUCACAAGACUAUUAUUGGUCUUAAUCUAUGCCUAGAAGGAAAAGCGCUAGGAAUCCAGGCUCUUAUGUCUUCCGAAGGUAUUUGGCAUCACGUUUUGAUCCUAAAAUUAUACAACGCUUAUAUGUACGAGUAUAUAUUUUACAUUCUACACAUAUUUAUAAACAUAUAUUAACCAACAAAAACAGUUGCGUCACGUAGAAUGUUUACGAUUUAUAAUUGUAUCGUGCAGAGACGGUUUCAUAAUAAUGCCAAUGAUUUUAACUUGAUGUUAUCACUCUAUUCGUAAAGUAUUCGAAGUUAUAUGGUAACAUGAAAAUAAA